AUGGCUGGUGCAAAAUACAAGGGAGAAUAUGAAGAACGAGUAAAAUCUGUGCUCAAUGAGGUUGAAAAGGCCUCAGAAGAAGGCGCGGGUGUCAUCUUGUUCAUUGACGAGCUUCACUUGAUUAUGGCCGGCAAAGGUGCCGAAGGCGGGGGCAUGGACGCGGCAAAUCUGCUCAAGCCUCAGCUUGCCAGAGGCAAGAUUCGUGUCAUUGGUGCGACGACUCUCGCAGAAUACAGCAAAUAUAUCGAAAAGGACGCCGCAUUUGAACGUCGGUUUGCCCAAGUACUCGUCAAUGAGCCAAGCGUCCCAGAUACAAUCAGCAUUCUUCGUGGUAUCAGGGAAAAGUAUGAAGUUCACCACGGUGUGCGCAUCCUAGACAGCGCACUCGUCGCGGCGGCAACCUUGGCGCAUCGCUACCUCACGUCAAGGCGACUCCCAGAUAGUGCAAUUGAUCUGGUCGACGAAUGCUGCGCAAGCGUUCGUGUCACCCGAGAAACGGCUCCUGAAGCAAUUGAUCAACUGGAACGCAAGCGACUCGAGCUAGAAGUCGAAAUCCAUGCACUUGAGCGCGAGAAAGACUCUUCCUCAAAAGAGCGCUUGGCGGCUGCUCGAAAGGAGGUUGCCAACAUCGACGACAAACUCCAACCCCUCAAGGCUCAGUACGAAACAGAAAAGAAACGUAGCGACGAAAUUAACGAGAUUCGUAAACGCAUCGACGAACUCAAAGCAAAGGCAGACGACGCUGAACGGCGUUACGAUCUGGCGACUGCUUCCGAUUUGCGCUAUUAUGCCAUCCCAGAACUCCAGGGUCGCCUCGAAAAAGCCAUGGCAGAGGAAGCCGCUCAUGGUGGAUCUCUUGCCGACACAGUAGCGCCUGAAGCUAUUGCAGAAGUCGUCGCUCGAUGGACCGGUAUCCCAGUCACCCGCUUGAUGUCAACAGAAAGGGAAAAGCUCUUGCGAUUGGAAAAGACGCUUGCAGAGAGUGUGGUAGGGCAGCCAGAAGCCGUCAAAGCGGUCGCCAACGCUAUACGGCUUUCACGUUCUGGCUUACGAAACGAGAAUCGUCCGCUGGCCAGUUUCCUCUUUGCUGGACCCAGUGGAACCGGAAAGACUCUGUUAUCAAAGACGCUCGCCCAAAGCCUGUUCGACUCUCCAGAUGCCAUGUGCCGCAUCGAUGGCAGCGAAUACUCGGAGAAGCACUCAAUAUCGCGACUUAUUGGAGCACCUCCUGGUUAUGUUGGACAUGAUCAGGGAGGCCAACUUACCGAGUAUAUUCGUCGCAAACCCUACAGUGUUAUUCUGGUUGAUGAACUCGAAAAGGCCUCUCGCGAGUUUGUCACCGUAUUUUUGCAGGUGCUGGACGACGGUCGCCUGACGGAUGGACAAGGCCGAGUCGUCGACUUUAGAAACACCGUCAUCAUUUUUACAUCCAAUGUCGGUAGCACGUUCUUGACGGAUAUGGGUGAAGGUCCAGUGCCCAGUCCGAUCCGCAAAGCUGUCAUGGAUGCCAUCCGCACGACCUGGCCACCUGAAUUCUUGAACCGUAUCGACAAUAUUAUCAUCUAUCGUGCUCUCUCACACUCCAACAUUCGCAAGAUUGUCGACAUUCGUCUGGGCGAAGUUCAACAACGUAUCGAAGGCCGCAAGAUGAAGUUGUCGGUCAGCGACGAAGCAAAACAUUACCUGGCGUCGAUCGGCUACUCUGCGACCUAUGGUGCCCGUCCACUUCAGCGCGCAAUCAUGACCGAGCUCCUCAAUCCGCUGUCCGUAUACAUCUUGGACGAUCGCGUACGGGAUGGCGAGACGGUCCGCGUCGACUUUGACAAGCACCACAACCGACUUAUGAUUAUUCCAAACCAUGAAGGUUCUGGCGCGGCAGAUGAUAUGGACUUGGACGACGAUGACGAGUUGAUCGUCGAAGAGGUGGAUUAA